AUGGGACUUUUAGCAGUAGAUGAUAGGGCCACAGUCCACACCUUUUGCUGCAUAUUUUGUCUCUCUUCUUCCGUGGAGAAAAUCAACAACAUGAACUGCAUUUACAAGGAUCCUAAUCAACCGAUCGAAGAGAGAGUCAAAGACUUGCUUUCCCGAAUGACUCUUAGGGAGAAGAUUGGCCAAAUGUGUCAGAUUGAGAGAAGAGCCGUCGCUUCUCACGACAUCAUCAGAGACUUCGGGAUCGGAAGCAUACUCAGUGCUGGUGGAAGUGGACCGUCCACGCAAGCUCGACCAUCGGAUUGGGCGGAUAUGGUGGACGGAUUUCAGAAAGCUGCACUACAGACGAGAUUUGGCAUCCCGCUCAUCUACGGAAUCGACGCAGUCCACGGCCACAACACUGUCUAUGGAGCAACUAUAUUUCCUCACAAUAUCGGCAUUGGAGCCACCAGAGACGCAGAUUUGGCACUAAAGAUUGGUGCUAUUACUGCUUUGGAAGUUAGAGCUACUGGAAUUCAGUUCGUGUUUGCUCCUUGUGUCGCAGUAUGUAGGGAUCCUCGAUGGGGAAGAGCCUUUGAAAGCUACAGUGAAGACACUGAAGUUGUUAGACAGAUGACUUCGACAUUGUUGGGUUUGCAGGGGAAGCCACCACAAAACCAUCCAAAGGGUUUUCCUUUUGUUGCUGGGAGAACUAAUGUAAUCGCUUGUGCCAAGCAUUUUGUUGGUGAUGGGGGCACUGAAAAUGGUAUAAACGAGGGGAACACAGUUGCAACAUAUGAUGACUUGGAAUGUAUCCACAUGGCCCCUUAUGUGGAUUGUAUUUCGCAAGGAGUUUGCACUGUUAUGGCAUCUUACUCCAGCUGGAAUGGGAGCAGACUGCACUCCAAUCACUUUCUUCUAACUGAGAUUUUGAAAGAUAAACUGGGAUUUAAGGGGUUUGUGAUUUCAGACUGGGAAGGACUUGAUCGUCUUUCUAAUACCCAGUCAGAUUACCGCAAUUGCAUUAAAUCUGCAGUUAAUGCUGGCAUUGAUAUGGUGAUGGUUCCUUUUAAGUACACAGCGUUUGUUGAAGGUAUGUUACAAUUAGUGCAAUCAGAAGAGAUACAACUGUCCAGGGUUAACGAUGCUGUUGCAAGAAUUCUUAGAGUGAAGUUUGUUUCUGGACUCUUCGAGUAUCCUAUGGCUGACAGAUCUCUGCUAGACAGAAUCGGCUGUAAGCUACAUAGAGACUUGGCACGGGAAGCAGUCCGUAAGUCCCUUGUGCUAUUAAAAAAUGGAAAGGACCCAAAUAAACCAUUCAUUCCACUAGAUAGGAAUCCAAAAAAGAUUCUGGUUGCUGGAACUCAUGCUGAUGAUCUUGGAUAUCUAUGUGGGGGAUGGACAGCUACCUGGUGUGGGGGAAGUGGUAGAAUCACAAUUGGUACUACUAUUUUGGAUGCGAUUAAAGAGGUUGUGGGAAGCAAUACAGAGGUUGUUUAUCAAUUAAAUCCAACUGCAGAAUCACUUGAUGGUCAAGAUUUCUGUUACGCGAUUGUGGCUGUUGGUGAACCUCCUUACAUUGAGUCUCUUGGGGAUGACCCAGUGCUUAAGAUUCCUUUCAAUGGAGAAGAGAUUGUUAAUUUAGUGGCUGACAGAAUCCCUACUCUGAUGAUUCUGGUAUCAGGAAGACCCAUGGUCUUAAAUCCUUGUGUUAUAGAUAAAUUAAAUGCACUUGUUGCCGCCUGGUUGCCUGGAAGCGAAGGUGGGGAUGGAAUUGCAGACGUCCUAUUUGGUGAUUUUGAAUUCCAAGGGAAACUUCCUUUAACAUGGUUCAAAAAUGUUGAACAAUUACCUAUGCACGUUGGGGAGAAUUCUUAUGAUCCUCUUUUUCCCCUUGGCUUUGGACUGACAACAAAGAUGCUGCUUCCAAGUUGAUUUGAUUAUUUGCACGGACUUCACACGGAGGGGUUGGUUCUUCCUCAUUGAGUCUCAGUGCUGACUCAUUCUAAAGUAAUUUGUUGCUGCUGGAGGUUUUGAUAUUGUACUGUAUAUAUAUUUAUAUUAUUGUUCUAUAUAUGUUAUAUUAUCAAUAAGUAUUGAAACACAAUAAAAGGAGUGAAAUCUUUUAUAGAUUGUGAUGAAUAUAUUUAAUCAUAAUAUGA